AUGCAUAAGGGUAGAGAAGUUCAAGAUAAUGUUUUUAAAUCAAGAGGGGUUAGAGACUUUGGUGGUUCUGGUUUCCACAGAAUUAUGACGAUGCCUAGUUUUUUUGGAGGAAGGGAUCCAUUUGAUGAUCCUUUUUUCACCGAUCCAUUUGAUAAUAUGUGGAGUCCAAGUUCUGCUUCGUCGAGAUCAAUGCUGAAGACUAACAGAGAAAAAGGAGUUGUUAUAAAAGAAUUAGACUCUGAUGAUGAGGGUGUUGAUAAUUUUAACGAGAAAAUUUAUCGGUCACCAAUGGAGCCAUUUGUUGAGCAUCCAGAUGAUGACGUUGAUGAUGUAGAGAUGCAAACCAAUGGUGUAACAUACGAGAAUGAUCAUCGCAAAUCAGAAGAACCCUCUAAGAGUCACAAUUGCAAUAUGUCUUUUAAGACUAGUAGAGUAACAUAUGGUGGUAUAAGUGGUGCUUAUUAUACUUCUACCCGAACCAGAAAGACGGGAUCUGAUGGGAUGGUGAUAGAGGAAAGCAAAGAAGCUGACACCUCAAGAGGUGAAGCAACACAUAGAAUCACAAGAGGAGUCCAUGAUAAGGGUCAUUCAGUUUUGCGCAAGUUUGAUUCAGAUGGGAAGGUUAAUACGACACAGAUGUUGCACAAUCUUAAUGAAGAUGAGCUUGCACGCUUUGAGGAAACAUGGAAAGGAAAUAAUCGAGGGCGGUUACCCGAUUAUGAUGUGCAUAGGAAGAAAGAUUUUAGACUUGGUGAGAUAAACAAACACAAGGUAUGGUCACUUCCAUUUCUGGAGCAGGAUAGUAAAGCAAGAGGAUUUGCAUCAAAUUUUGAAAAAGGAAACUCCUCAGAGGGAAGAGCAAAGAAAAUUGUUAGAGUCAAUAUUGAGUAA